CACGCGAGCGCAGGGUUUUCAAAAGUGGCUUAGAGUCCGACUUGUCUGACCGCGCGCACGCGCGCCUUUGUGACCACAGCACGCCGCUCUCAUUGCAACUGGAACCGUUGUCCGGCGCGCUUUCCGCGACAGCAUGGGCAGCGAGUACGUGCCGAGCGCCUUGUACUCGGCCCUGCGAGACAAGCCCUUCCCGACGCUCUACGGUGAGAACAGGACCUCGGUGACGGCGGACGUGCUCGAGGCCGGUCUCAUCCUCUCCUUCUGCAUACUCACGCUCGCCUUCCUCCUCGUCAUACCCGGCGUCCGAGUUGGACAGAAAACAAAUGUGCUGAUUCGAGCUCUCGUGAGUCUUUUCAUCGGGACUUUCAUUCUGCUGUGCAACUUCGGCCAGGAAUGGGAGUACUCACGGAUCCACGCGACCACGCCGUACAAGGCUUUCAGCCACGAAGAGUUGAACGCGGAAAUCGAAGUCAAGAUUGGUCUUCGAAGCGUCAACAUAACGUUGAAGAACGAGACCAUCUACUCCGGUACUGACGGAGACCAAGUGAACUACAACGAGCGGUUCUCGUGGGAGUGGCAGCAGGGCCGACAAGGGUUUGGUCCACAAGCCGGCCACUUCAACCAGGAUUUUCGGGAGGCUCAGGUUCGCGGUACCCCUCUGCCAAUUCUCUGGAUUGCCGAGUACUUCACGUUCGAUGGCGAAGGCAUUCGUUUUGGCAGGAACUACCGCAUCGCCGGCUGGUACACUCACAUCCUCCUCUGGACCGCGUUCCCGCUCUGGGUGAUCAGCAACCUGGUGUUCUUCAGCGUGCUCUGGUACGGCGCCUGCGUACUCAUGCUGACCGGCGCGUGCCUCAUCGCCGGCACCGUGGUGUACGCCAGCGUGAGGAACUUCAUUCCGCUCGAGAUUCCCUUCUACGACCACGACCACCUCGUCCUCAUCCGCAUGCAUUACGGCUGGUGCUUCUGGAUGAACCUCGUCAACGGUCUGGUGUGCCUGGUCGCCGGUCUAGUGGUGCUGUUCAUGGACCUCCGAUACCCAGACAUUAUUGCGGCCUUCUUCGACAUCGACAUCCUCCAAGACUACGAGGAGAUUUACGACGAGCCUGUGGAGUUGGCAAAGGUCACGACGGAUGAGAAGAAGACAGCGGCCAGUGACACCGCCUUACUGCUGCCUACCAAUUCCGUGCCUGGCUAUGGAACAGAUGGGCCAGAAUACGAGGCUCCCGCACUGCGGAAGCGCAGUGCCUACAACCGCUAUCAGCGGGUUUCCGUCCGCAAGCCGGCUCCAGCCCCACGAAGGCUUCCCGCCGUGCCGGCAGCCGUGCAGGAGGAAGAGGACGACGAGAACCCCAUCUACGAGAACACGCUACAGUCACCGGAAAGGUACGACUCCAGCUCCAAGGAGAACAUCCUCAUGGACACACUCAAGCGUUAGGCCCACAUUGUACUCCGGGCAACCUUCCAGUGACAAAGGUGGCCAGUGACCGGCGCAACGCAGCCCGCCCUUCGUACAAAGCAGGCUGCGAUGGAACAUCGAGAAGUAUUUCAUUCCAAGGGAUCGCCUGGCUGGAAGCAAAGCGUUUCAUUAUUUUAUGUUUGUUGGUUUUUUCAUUCACAAUGACAAUUUGUUAUUAAACUGUGCAAUCCAAACAGCAAGCUUUUUAGCGCUUGCGGUUGUUCUUCGCUGUUUUCAUGCGAGUGACUCCUUCGUAAGAUUGUGUGUGUUUUUUU